AUGUACCUGUUGGGCAUUCAGGUUGAUGUCAAAAGUGUUAAGGAUAGUGAGGCCUUCACCCCCGCGCGGCCGGGCCGGAGCCCACUCCGAAGGCCGGGAGGCCAGGCGCCCAGCGUCUGCACACCCCCGCCCGGGAUUGGCCCGGCCCGCAGUCACUCAACGCCGACACGUCAGGGCAGCAGCUCCCUCCCUCCUCCCGCCCCCUUCUCCCCGCGCUUGGCAAGAAGAGCGGGCAACGUGGAGCGGGAACAAAGGACCCCGCGGCCCACGGCGAUCGGGAGCGCGGUGCCACCCUACCCCAGACCCGGGAGCACCGACGGGGCCCUGGGCCGGCUCCCCGCCCACACGCUCUCCGAGGCGGCCCGCUACCCGCCUUUGGCCACUGACGCGAUCGGGCAACCACGGCAGAGCCGGGAGCGCGGGGUCCGCGCGGCGCCGGCUCCUCGUCCACAGAGAGCAGCGUCUGCGGCGUCUUGCCGAGUCCUGCCCCUCUGGGGCCCGGCACCGCUCCCCGCCUCCCACCCUAAAACCCCAGCCGCCCGCUCCAUCCGCCAGGUCGGAGUCUGGCUGCACGCUGCCCUUCCUCCCCCGGUGGGACCAGCGCAGAUUACCUGGUUCAUCUCUGAAGAGAUGAAAAAACUCAUCUCCGGAGCUUCAACGGGGAACAGGAGGAAGCGGGCGGGAAUCGGCCCAACCGAAAGCGCCUCGAUGUCGCGAAGGGGGGAGCGACCGACCCAGGAGGGGACGAGCGCACAGCCCCGCGGAGUCUGUGAGGCGACAGCGCACCGGGAAUUCGCCGAGACCCGCUUGCUUGCUCGCUCGCUCGCUCGCUGGCACAGCCGCGCUCGAACCGCAAGCGGCGAAACUGCACGGCAGCCCCGAGCGACCGCCCUCCACGCGCGUCCCGGAGACACUGCCGCCGCGGCGGCCCGCGCGCGCCGCACCCCCCUCUCACGUCACCACGUGCGCCGCCCUCGCCUGGGUCUCCGCAGCCGCCAACGCCUCCCCGACGCUUCCGGCUAG